AGAAGAGUUUAAUACAUUCACACCGAUUAAGAUGCAUACUAUACUAGCAGCGCCAGUGCUUAUAAAUACAAGGCUCUAGUUGCUAAGGAAGCACACAGCAACAAGCAUCUUCUCAAACUAAUACUAUUAUUCUUCUUCCAUUUCAUUCCAUCUAAGUGAUCAUCAUCAUCAUGGGUGUUUUCAGAUUCGAGGAUGAAACCACUUCUCCAGUGGCUCCAGCUAAGCUUUACAAAGCCCUAGUUAAAGAUGCUGAUACCCUUGUCCCAAAGGUUGUUGAUGCCGUCAAGAGUGUAGAAAUCGUUGAAGGAAAUGGUGGCCCCGGAUCCAUCAAGAAGCUCACUGUAGUUGAGGGUGGGGAGACGAAGCAUGUGUUGCACAAAGUUGAAACAAUCGAUGAGGCGAACUUGGGAUACAGCUACAGCAUAGUUGGGGGUGCUGCGUUGCCAGACACAGUGGAGAAGAUCACUUUUGAGACAAAAUUUGUUGCUGGACCCGAUGGAGGGUCUAUUGCCAAGCUGGCUGCCACGCACCACACCAAAGGAGAUGCCAAGCCCAGUGAGGAGGAGCUCAAGAUUGGGAAAGCCAAGGGAAAUGCUUUCUUCAAAGCCAUUGAGGCUUACCUUUUGGCCAAUCCUGAUUACUAGAUCCUUAAUUAGUUUGCUUUAUGUGGGGUUUGUUGCGUGUUAAGUGUUAUCCUUUCACUCUUUGCUUCACUUUGCCUUCCAACGAGGAGUAACAAAUAAGUGUUUUCUAUCUUAUUUUCUUUGGCUGCGGAUUUGCAUGUGAGACUCCAGCUUUGUACUACACUAUCAGAUCAGUAAGUCAUGAUAAAGGAAAUAAAUUAUACUGAGUUUAUACAAUUUAA